UGUCGUACGUAGGGCACGCUUGAGGACCCGGGAAAAGGAAGUGUGAGGGCCACUGGGAAGGGAGAGGGGUUUCACUAUUUCCGGACAAUGGCCUGACCAUGAAGGCAAAAGGAACUUCAAAUCCCAGCACCACCCGCGGCCUUGUAGCCCCGCCCCGAGGAACUACAGGUCCCGGUAGGCAUCGCGGCAGCACUUACGGCGCUGGCCGGGACGUGGUGACGAAGACAGUUGCCAUGGAGUUACUCCGAGUAACCCUGAGAUAGUGUGACGCUAAGGCUGGAGAGAAAGCAACUGCUGGGGGUAUUUCCAUUUUAACAGGGAACAAUCCCUAAACCCAAAGGAAUGAAUCCCUAAUGGUGGAGUUUCAGGCAUCAGUGACAGGCUGAACCUAGACUCCGAGGACACAUGCUUAUACCUGCUGAAUGAUGGCCUGAACUAUGAGCAGAAGAGACUAUAUGAACACUUUGGUGCAGGAGCCCCCUCUUGACUACUCCUUCAGAAGCAUCCAUAUCAUCCCAGAUCUGGUAAGCGAGGAUCCGAGGCCAGGGCUACGACCACUGAGGCACUCAAAGUCGGGGAAGUCACUGACCCAGUCCCUGUGGCUGAAUAACAAUGUCCUCAACGACCUCGAACACUUCAACGAGGUGGUUUCACAGCUGCUAGCGUAUCCACAGAACCUGGCCUGGAUUGACCUGUCCUUCAAUGACCUGACUUCCAUUGAUCCUGUCCUAACAACUUUCUGCAACCUGAGUGUCAUCUACCUUCACGGCAACAGCAUCCAUCGCCUGAGCGAGGUGAACAAGCUGGCUGUCCUCCCUCGGCUACGGAGCCUCACACUCCAUGGAAACCCCAUGGAGGAGGAGAAGGGGUAUAGCAGACCUGGUUAUCCCCCCUCCUAUCCUGUGCUCUGGUCUUCCCUAAGCAGGAGCCUUCAGCCCAGGGAUCCCUGCACCCAGGCCCAGGUAGAGACCAUGUCCCCAGCCAUUGCUCUGGCCUUCCUGCCACUGGUGGUGACAUUGCUGGUGCGGUACCGGCACUACUUCCGACUGCUGGUACGCACAGUCUUGCUGCGGAGCCUCCGAGACUGCCUCUCAGGGCUGCGGAUCGAAGAGCGGGCCUUCAGUUAUGUGCUUACCCAUGCCCUGCCUGGUGACCCCAGUCACAUCCUCACCACCCUGGACCACUGGAGCAGCCACUGCGAGUACCUGAGCCACAUGGGACCUGUCAAAGGUCAGAUCCUGAUGCGGCUGGUGGAGGAGAAGACCCCUGCUUGUGUGCUGGAGCUAGGCACCUACUGCGGAUACUCCACCCUGCUUAUUGCCCGUGCCCUGCCCCCUGGGAGCCGCCUUCUCACUGUGGAGCGGGACCCUCGCACAGCAGCAGUGGCUGAAAAAAUCAUCCGCCUGGCUGGCUUUGACGAGCACACGGUGGAGCUCAUUGUGGGCAGCUCAGAGGAGGUGAUCCCGCGCCUACGCACCCAGCACCAGCUGAGUCGUGCAGACCUGGUGCUCCUGGCACACCGGCCCCGAUAUUACCUGCGGGACCUGCAGCUGCUGGAGGCCCAUGCCCUACUGCCAGCUGGUGCCACUGUGUUAGCUGACCAUGUGCUCUUCCCUGGUGCACCCCGGUUCUUGCAGUACACCAAGAGCUGUGGCCGCUACCGCUGCCGCAUCCACCACACUGGUCUCCCAGACUUCCCUGCCAUCAAGGAUGGCAUAGCCCAGCUCACUUAUGCUGGACCUGGCUGAGGUCCAGGUCUAGGGGUACUU